AUGAAAAGUAAUGACAUCCUGGAAGUGGAGGCGUAUACUGAGCUAUUGGGAAAGGGUGAACAUACCGGGCCCGACACCGGUGCCAAUCUAUGGCAACGUAUUGGCGCUGAGUCUAAAUCCCAGACCAUAUUUGGAGCUCAAGUGCUGAGUAGACUUGUAUACAUAUACGGAAAGCCCAGUUUGCGUGUGGCGGAGCCGGCGCUAGUCAAACAAAUCCUCGUCCAAAAGUUCACCUUGUUCAAAAACCGCGAGGCACCUAGCGGCGGCAAAGCUACCCUGAUGUCCAAAAUGCUUAUACGGGCCCCGUAUGAAGACUGGCGCCGCAUACGGGCCAUUGCGGGGCCCGCAUUCACCGGUGGUAAACUUAAGCGCUUGUACCCACUCAUUGACCGGUGCUGUCGGGAUUUGGUCGACAGAUUGGACAGUCGGGUCGCCGCCAAUGGGUCGCCGGUAGCUCUGCGGCCGUUGAUUAGCGAGUAUAUAAUGAGUGCGUUGGGCCAAUGCGCGUUUAGCACCAAGGUCAACACCGAUCCCACCCACCUGUUCACCACCGAACCUGAGGGUUACCUAUCUGUGCCCCUAUGGAAAGUACUGGUGACCAAUGUUUUGCCCACAUGUUUAGUUGAUAACCCUGUGGCCAAUAGUCUGGCCAAAUGGUGGCACUCGGACUACUUGUAUCACAGGGUAUUCACCGCCGGUCUGAUGGCUGGCCGCCGGUGCGACGACGCAAACAAACGUCACAAUUUCCUACAGUUCCUAAUGAAAGGCAGUCACCGGACCGACGGUGCGGCCCAUCCGGACGUCACCGGCAUUACCGACGAAGAGAUCUUUGCCCAGUGUUUCCUGUUUUUCAUUGCCGGUUACGACCCAACGGCGAACACUGUGUCCCAUGUAUUGCACGAAUUGGCACUCAAUCCCGAUAUUCAGGACCGGCUCCGGGAGGAGACCGCUAUGAAUGGGAAUCGAGACAUGAAUUACGAUAUCCUUUCCCGACUCCCAUUCCUGGACGCCGUCGUAUCGGAAACCCUACGAAAGUAUCCGCCAUUAGUUCGUGUGGAGAGGGAGGCCGUGGAGGACGUGUUGCUCACCGACAAUACUCAGGGGUUGAGUGUGAAGGUAGACAAGGGAGUGGUAGUAGAGGUCCCGGUGUAUGCCAUACAUUACGACCCCGAUCACUAUCCCGAUCCGUUUGCUUUCAAACCCGACCGGUUUUUGCCCCAAAAUCGCCAUAACAUCAAACCCUAUACAUACCUACCCUUUGGCGACGGACCCCGUAAUUGCAUUGGUAUGCGCUUUGGUUUGCUGAUGACCAAAUUGGCCCUGGUCAAUAUUAUACAACAUUUCUAUUUAUAUCACGUAACCGAUACCGAUGCUAGUGUUAAAUUUAAGCGUGACUAUGAAAAUGAAAGCGAACCGACAGUCUAUGGCAUAGACUCUACAUUGUAUACCAAUAGCGAUAGUCCCGGGUCUCCAAAGGGGUACACAAUUAUACUAUGUAUGAGAGGGACGGAUAGGUAUGGGAGGGAAGGGCAGACAUAUACGGUGACAGCACCUAUAUCGCCAGAAAUGCCGGGUUUUGAUGUGAAACGAUUGGUGGGAGUGGAGGACUGGUUGGCCGAAGAGCUAAAGUGCGGCCGCUGUGCAAACAUAUUGAACAAAGCGGUGGUCGGGAAGUGCGGCCACAGUCACUGCCGCGACUGUAUCGUCGACGAUCAUCUUAAGUAUGUCAAAGGGGUCCGCAUCGCUUACAUGGUGUGUAGUCACGAGGGCUGCGACGAGCAUAUUAUUUUUCGUAUGCACUUUGAUCAAUCGUACCUUAAUAUUGUGAUCAAUAAUAUUGUGGGUAAACUGAGCUUCAAAUGCCGGUUCGCCGAUAAUGGCUGCUCAGUGGUGGUCAGCGGCGCACUUCUCGCCGAUCACGAGGCCAACUGUCCGUACGGUGUGUGCCACAAGUGUGACCUGUCUUUCAACGAUAGCGUGGAUCACAACUGCGUCAAAAAGUUGAAGCGAAAGAACCGGCAAUUGACUUAUGAGUUGGCAAAUAUGUAUGAAUCUGCAUCGCUAUCAUCGGAUGUGGACAGUGACUGA